UUUUGACAUUUCGAUUUCUUGAAGUUGAAGACUGAUGAAAUUCAUUUACUGUCUGUGCAGAAAGUUAGUAUAUCAAAUUGUUAUCAGCGUAAAGUUUAAACUUUAUAAGCUUUUAUAAUUUUUCUGUGUGAAAAUAAAGCAUUAGUGUUUUAAUACCUUAUAUAAUAACAUAAAUAUGUUGAAGGGGCUCGUGAGUUUAGUGACCGGUGGAGCCUCAGGUCUAGGUAAAGCGACGGUGGAGAGGCUUGUGCAGAAUGGGGGUAAAGUCGUCAUUCUAGAUAUACAAGGUACAAGGGCGCAGGAGUUAGCAAAAACAAUUGGUGAAGAUGUUCAAGUUACUGUUGGCUGUGUCACAUCAGAAGAAGAAGUCAAAAAGGCUUUAGAGGUAGCUAAAAACAAGUUUGGAAGAUUAGACACACUCAUCAAUUGUGCAGGAUAUGCGCAAACAAGUCAGAUAUAUAACUUUAAUAAGGAUAAGGAAGCUGGCAUGGACAAUUUUGUUAAAUGUGUAAAUGUAAAUACAAUAGGUACGUUCAAUACAAUCCGAUUAGCAGCUGGUCUAAUAGGUAAAAACCAACCAUCAGAAGAUGGUUAUCGGGGUGUUAUAAUCAACACAGCUGCCACAAUAGCAUACGAGGGUGAUAUUGGUCAAGCAGGGUACGCUGCAUCCACUGCUGCUAUUAUAGGCAUGACUCUACCUAUAGCUCGGGAUCUGUCUUCACAAGGGAUCAGGGUUAUGACCAUUGCUCCAGGUGUAUUCGACACUCCACUAGUAACAUAUCUACCAGAGAAAAUGAUAGAAUUCAUAAAGCGCAUGACUCCAUUCCCGUCGAGAUUAGGCAAGCCUGAGGAGUUCGCACAUUUAGUCACCAGUAUAAUAGAGAACAAAAUGCUAAACGGUGAAGUGAUAAGAUUGGAUGGUGCACAGAGAUGGUUCCCGUUAUAAAUUAGAUGUUAUCUUAAAGCGUUAUUAAAUACACAAGGUUGAGUACGUUGCUUGGACAUAGGUAUUUAAAAGAAACGGAUGCAACUCACAUUGAGGCGUUACAAAUAAUCGAGGCAUAACGUCGGAAUAAUUAUGCUGUUUGUUUUUCUUACUCUGACAUUUAGAAGGUGCUGACACUUGAAAUGUGACAAAACAUUGCUUGAUUGUAAAAUACACGUGUCUAAACGCAACUUAGAGCAUUAUAGCAAAAACCGUACCUACAUCAUAUCAUUAAACUACAUCGAAUUUUAGUUUUUUUUUUUUCAAUUUAUUUUACGGCCAUGGAUUCAAGUCCUUUAAGAUCUCGAAUUUUAGUUGGCUGGGCUGUACCACAGAUCAAUGAUUAAUUAUACACAAAUGUCAUCUUUGACAUGGACAAUCCUAAAAAAAAAAAAAAUCUUGCGUGUCUCAGGCGACGACGAAAA